ACCUACCGUUUCGCUUGUCUCUCGGCCAUCCAUAUCCCCAAACCGAAUCCUUCGCUCCCAGAUCAAGAAAGAAUCCUUCGCCCCCCAAAGAGCUUUUUACGCGUCUCCGCCAACGCCGCAGCCGACGAAACCCUAGCAUCGCGAUGUUGUCGUCGAAGGAGCCCCUGGGUCCUGGACAUGCCUUUCCCGGCGACUGCUAUCCCAGCCAUCUGCCCAGCUUCGAAAUCCCCACAGAUCUUUUUGGUCCCUUUCCCCGGCAUGUUCAUGAGACUCGCGAGGAGGCCCCCAUCGAUGUGUUUAGAUUCGAAAUCGCCCCAGAUCUAUUCGGUUCUACCCACCAUCGUCUCCUUGAUGCGUUCGAGGAGGAGGAGGAGGAGGAGGUGGUGGUGGUGUUGGCGGAGAAGAAAGAGAGAGGGUUCCUCGAGAGCGAAUCAGAGUCUGAAUCUGAGUUGCCUAGCUGGGACGACAUUCUCGUGGGCGCUGGUGUUGAACCUGUUGAUGGCGUCAACUUGUCCGACUUGAUGGAUUACGAUCCGCUGGCAGUGGAUGCCGACAACGAGGAGACAAACUGCCCAGGGAAGAAAUUUCCCGAGGCAACAGCAGCGAAAGUAGACGAUAUAUGGAGUAGGAUUUACACCAGACGCAACAUCGAGUACCAGAAGAAGUGUGAGGAGAUUGAAGCAAGUGAAGAUGAGAAUGCCACAUUUCCUUCUUAUCCUCUCAAAAUACUCCCUGAGGCAACAGGUCUAUGUGUCUUGAGGGGCUUUUGCCACCACCGUGAAUAUAAAACCCAUGAUACUUCCACUACUAGAUCAAGUCUUGGGUUACGUGAUCCAAGACUGAUGCUACAGAUCUUUGCGAUGCAUUUAUCAAUCUCCGAAUCCUAUUCCUACCCCGUUAGCGUCUAUGGAAUUGUUGCUGUUCGGGAUGCCUUGGAGCCACUACGGAAUCUUGUGUUUAACCGUCCCUGCAGAGAUGAUGCUUUUACGGUUGACCAGGAUUCCUUAACCUUGCCUCUUUGUAGUCCUCGUCGAGGAAUGUAUAUAGUAAGGGACAGAGCAUUACUAGAAGUUGAUCUUUGGGUAAAGGAGGAAGGAGAUGGGUCAUCUGACAAACAGUUGCUUUCUUUGUAUGCUGAGUUUGAGGGGAUGUACGAGUUAGAUGAAAUGCUAGAUGGAGAGGUUAGUAGUGACCUUGGCAGCUUGGUCAUUGACUAUCUCUUGCUUGAUGAGAGUGUUGAGGCUGUAAUACAAGUCUCUGCAAAGAUUGACUGCCCUCAUCAUAUGAGAUUCACUGCAUUCACUAGUGGCUUUGAUGGUGAGAUUGUGCUGUUUGAUGAUAAGUUCUCUGGGAAUGGAAAACUGUUCCAGUAUGUUGUCGCGGUGAAGGCUGAGGGGAAAUUGGAUAUUUGCUUAAAAAUGGAGGAAUCAUUGUUUUGGUGGACUUUCCAGGAAGGAGCUGUUGGAGCUGUUAGGUUCCCUGAUGACUCAGUUUUAAAUUACGGGCAGUUUGAGGUGACGGUGCUUUUUGCUCCUAAGAAAUUUACCAUGGAUGACUGAAACCUGAUCUGUAAUAUCGGUGUUUUUUUAUCUUCUAUACUUCCUCUGUAACUUAAUAUACAUUGAUCAUUACUACUACUUCUUCGGUCCCAUAAUAUAAGAUGUUAUUACAUUCAUAGACAACAUAUUAUAUUAUGGGAUGGGAGGGAGUAUUCGAAUAUCCAUUUGUAAGCCUCCUAGAAGCUUGACGCUUUAAUUAACGUUGUCUAUGAAUGUUUAAUUGCAGCA